CAGUGGGUGUUUCCUCAUUCCGCAAAGAGCUGACAGCAGCAGCGCAAGUUGCGGACGUCGGUCGCGUCUCUUAGGAUACCUCUUCAGACAUUCCCGGGGGAGAAAAGGACCGACGCCAGGAAGCAGGGAUGCCUUACAUGCUCAUCAGUACGCAGAUCCGACUGGAAAGUGGCCCAACAAAUGUGGGGGAUGAAUUUUCUGAUCCAACUGUUAUGAAUUACCUGGGAGCAAGAAAAAUCACUGUGCUGGGAAACAAUUUCUCUGAAUACCAUGUGGAAGACCCACCUCGCCUGGUGCUGGACAAGCUGGAGAAGAUCGGCUUCCGUGUGUUGACAAUGACGGGUGUGGGACAAACACUGGUGUGGUGUCUCCACAAAGAAACGGAGUGACUGAUCAUGAACCAGCUGUAUAAAAAAAUCUUUGUCUUUUUUUAACAGAUGACUGGAUUGUGCUGGAAAACAUUUUUUUUCUUCUUUUUGACUUUACCUGCACUUCUUGUGUCAUGUUUACAACCACAGAUUCAGUUCUUUGACAGUGAAAGUCUUGUAUAGUUUGAAUUAUCCCUUAUACAAGGUUUCAGAUUACCUCAAAUAGGUAAUAUGACAAUGAUAUCAAGAUAAUAAAACAACUUUCCAGAGAUUUUAUAAGAUCUCUUUUUCAGUAUUGUUUGCAGAGUACCACCUUUUAUCAAUGUUAGGUUUGUACUUACAGCAUCAUGUAAAGAUGCUUUAUAUCGUGUAUGCUUAAGUAAUGUAAAGAUGUAAAGAACAUUGUGUUGUUAAAAGAUUAAAAUGGCAAGCCAA